CCAGUGUCUUGUAUAAUCAAGUCACCCUUUAGAGUUUUUAAUUAAAUAAUGAGUUAUUUUCACUCUAGGGCAGUUUACGUGUUUCUAUGUCAUAAAAAGGCACUUGCCGCUACUGGGGCAGUUUCCAUGUGAAAAGACCCAACUUGCUCUCAAAAAAUCCUAACCAGCCCGUUCCUUUUCUUUUUUCUUAGUUCGAUUGUUCAAAUUUCAAAAUUUAAAAUCGAUGUAGUGGGCCCAGGGACGCAUAUUAUAGACGGAUCUGUAAGGAUAAUUAUUCACUUUCAACUUCGCUUUUACCGAGACCCGAGAGCGAGAAACCGAAGCGGCGAUAGCCAGCCAAAAAAAACGACGGCGACGAUAAACAAGAUGUCUCGACGGUGGAGUCUUCGUGGUAAAGAGAUUGCCGUUGACGAUGAAGAUGUUGUACCGGCCGGUCUACCGGAAAGGUUAUUUGCAACGGAUCGUUUCCCAUGCGAGAGAAUCAACAUGUACUCUACUAUAGAUUUUCUGCUGUGCGUUAGAGACGCACUAAACGGUACCGAGGAGAUGGCGAUGCUCCUGAGAUCUUGCUUUGGAACCCUAUUUAGGUUUCCUGUCCGUAGGGUGCUGAUGGGCAAAGUGAUACACGGGAUGCUGACAAGGCAGGUGCUAACGAAGAAGAAAUAUGAGUUGUGGCCGGUGUUUGGUGGAAACCCCUUCAGAUUCUCAUUGGUGGAGUUUGGUGAGGUUACUGGGUUGCCCUGUGACGAGUUCGAAGAGGGGUACAGCAUCGACUACGAGUUGCCGGCUACAGAGGAGAACUAUGCGUACUGGGAAAGGUUGAUUGGGCCAGACAGGGAUGCGACAAUAGCAGACCUUGUGGCCAUGGUUUUAGGCGACACGGGGAUGCCGGCUUCGCGCAAGUUGAGGUUGUGUUUGAUAAUAAUUGUAGACGGGGUGCUAGUGCCUACAUCUCAGAUACAGAAGCCGAGUCUGAAACAUGUUAAUCUUGUGAAGAAUAUCAAAAACUUCCUUGCUUUCCAGUGGGGUAGGGAAUCGUUUGCUUGGGCGAUUAGAACGAUGAAGCCAUGUCCUAAAGUGAUGGGUAAGUGUGAGGAUCCAAAUGGAGAUUUCUGUAAGAAGCUGAGGCAGAAGACUCUUAGGAUUCUGGGUUUUCCGCUGGCGUUGCAGUUGGUGGCGUUCGAACUUAUCCCCCAGUUGCUGAAACAAGCACGCGGCGAUGAUAGCACGACAUUGCUCACUUUCCCAGGGCAAGUGUUGCCACAGCAUGCAGGGUUGACUGUGGUUCAUUUGCGCAAAGCAGAGCAUGAGGCGGGGUUGGUUGUGCAGCCGAUGAUGGAGAUAAGUGGAACCCACGACGAAAGGUGGGCAGCCUGGGAUGAUGAGAAGUAUGACAAAAAGGUGGAGAACAUGCUUGGGAUGAUAAAAAACGGGUAUGCGUUUAGCAAAGGUGAUUGGGGCGGAGGCGAUGUAGGUGAUCCAAUUUACAAGCACGGUGUGAAAGUGAAUGCUAAGAAGCGGAAGGGCGCAGCGAACAUCGGAGUGACGGAAGCACCCGUUCUAAAACAAAGACGUGUUAGCGGUUAUUUUAGACGUGGAGCUAUGUUGGAUGCACAGCAGUAUAAGAGGAUGGAGGCGCAUGUCCAAGAACUGGUGUUAGAAGUUCAGAAGCUCAAGAACGUGGUUGAGAGACAAGGUAGGAAGUUUGAGAAAUGGAAGACCUUUGUUAAGGGUAAGGGCUCAAUCAAAAAACAAGGGAGUAUUAAGAGUAGGUCCAAGAGGAGAAGCUUACAGGGAAGGGAAUGGACUGUAAGACGGUGCCCGGUGGCAGAGGACGAGGAUGAGAGUGCGGAGGAGUAUGUUCCAGUUAUUAGCGCCGGCGACACGGAGGGCGAAGGAGACGUUAAAACACCUGAACAUAGUUCAGAGGACAGGCCGUCUUUGUUAGUUAGGUUGCCACCGGGCGACGGUGUACCUUUGCAAUGGGUUGAACCAGGGGCUGGGGACAAAGUUGUAUAUCGGGCCGUGCACAGCCAAACGUUCUUUGUGCACAGUGAGGAAGAGGAUAGCAGCGUUGGUGGUGGGAGCCGAGAGCAAGGAGGGUCUGGCGACGGGCUGGAUGCUAGUGCUAUGUCCGCUUUGGAUGCUAUAGUGUUGGCAGCCACCGGAGUCAAGGCUGGUGAUAGGCAAUCAGAGGGGACCCCUACGGAGGUGCUUGAUGUUUCGUCUGUUAGGGGUGGUGAGGAAACUCUGAUGGCAACAGAAGCUGAGAAUAAGGAGGAGAACCACGAUGUAGCUGAGGGCAUGGGGGAGCCACCUUUAGGGUCUGAGGCGGUGAUAGAGGCAGAGGACAAGGUUUUGUUUGAGGACCAUGUGACCGUGGCUGGGGUGGGUGAGGUACAAAAAGUGGACACCGAGACAGAGGAUAAGGCGGACGAGUCUGAGGGAGCUGGAGAAAAGGAUGAGGCAGGCAUAGCUAAGGUUUUGGUUGAGGACCAUUUGACAGAGGAGAAGACGGAAAAGAUUGUGAAGGAGAAGGGUGAGACCAUGAGUGAAGAGAAGGGUGAUCUCAUGAUUGUAGAGGAGGGCAAAGGCGAAGAAAAAAUUGAAAACGAGAACGAUGAAAGCGAUAGUCAGGAGGUGGGUGAUUCGGAGGAUGCGGAGAUAACAGGGGUGGGUCCAAACACGAAUGUUUUGGUUGUUAGUGAUACAUCUGAUGGGGGGCGGACUGGAAGGCAUGAGCCAGUUGAACAAGAAGGUGAACUGGCGGCAGUGUUACUGGCAAAGGAUCAGUACAUUGUACCGGACAUUGUCCCGACUGUUGAAGAUUGCGACUACGCCUACUUCGAACGAGUGUUGCUUGCCAAUCUAAAAGUGAUGCAUAAAAAUGCGGGUGGAUAUAAUCUGGACAACGAGUUUUUCAUAAAUCUGGCUACGCCUUGCAAAUGGGUUAGUAGCACGCAUAUGGAUGUGCUGGCGGAUUACGUUGGGAGAUUGCAUGGAGAGGCCUUAAGACGAAACCGGGCGAUGUUGGUUGCGCCCUGGUUUUCAGCACACUUGCAAGUGAAGGAGAGGUCAUUCAAAGCGGCGAGACGCAAAACCCGCAUAGCAACUGAUGCGAAGCUAACGAAGUUCCUUACAGUAGAGGGGAAGACGUGGGGGGUUGACGUGGACACGCUGUACGCCCCAAUGAUUUGGGGAGGGGAUCAUUGGGUGGGGCUUUGCAUACGACUUGCGACGUGGGAUAUAUUGGUAUUUGAUCUGAACCCCCGUUUGAAGAGUGAGGACCAAGUAGCUUUGCUGAUGGAACCUGUGGCGGGAAUCCUUCCUUACCUUGCGAAGAAAGUGUGUCCACCGCAAGCGGUUGGAGAACAUGCGCUUGUGCCCUUCCAUGUUGAGAGGGUAGUUGGUUUGUAUGAAAACCGGCGCAGCGGGGACUGUGGGCCUUUGGCCAUUAAGUUCCUGGAAAUGCACGCGACGGGCAAUGAGGAACCAACGAUGGCUGGGCUAACCGAUGAUCUGGUGGACAUAUUCCGGAAACAGUAUGCGAUGGAGAUUUAUAAAGACUGGGUAGUGCCUUUGUACUUGUGAUGAUUCCGUAGGGAAAGUUUAUUUUGUUGUGACAUUGCAGAAAGGGUUGGAUGUUUAUUUUGGUUAGGGCCCUUGUUGUGUUGUCAGGAUGUUUAAUUUAGUAUCGGCUCUCUGUGUUGCAAGUUUUUUGUAUUAUCGACUAUGGUUGGACGUUUAAGAAAACAAAUCUUAUUUAUGUAGUUA